AUGCAUUUUGGUAUCCUAUCCCUUUUUUACUUGUAUAUCCUUUUUUCCAUUAUUAUGAGGAUAAAAUGUGUCAUAACGAAAAAUUUGAAAAAAACAAAGAAACUAACCCGUUCCUACAUACCUCAUAGGAAUAUGGAAAAUGGUAUCAUUUUAAAUUAUAUUGAAAAAACAAACCCUGCAUAUUUGAAAAGAGGAAAGAAUAAAAAUAAAAAUAAAAAAGGACAUAUAUAUAAAUUAAAGAAUGUAGAAAAAUUGUUAUACGCAAACAAAUAUGUACAAGAAGGAAAUGAAAAUUUUUCUAGCACUACAAAAAAAUUAUUAUUAACACCAAAAGUUGGAAAUAAAAUGCCUGAAGGAAAGAAACCAGAUUGGUUUCAUGUAGCUGCUCCUACUGGCACAAAAUAUAAUAAAUUAAAAGAUGAUAUAAAAAAAUUAAACUUACAUACAGUAUGUGAAGAAGCACAAUGUCCUAAUAUUGGAGAAUGCUGGAAUAUAGGUACAGCAACCAUUAUGUUAUUGGGUGAUACAUGUACAAGGGGUUGUAAAUUUUGCUCAAUUAAAACAUCAUCAAACCCAUUACCUCCUGAUAUUAAUGAACCUUUCAAUACAGCUAAAGCUAUAUGUGAAUGGAAUAUUGAUUAUGUUGUUUUAACUUCUGUUGAUAGAGAUGAUUUACCAGAUGGUGGAGCUAGCCAUUUUGCUAAAACAGUAGAAUUAGUAAAAUUUUCAAGACCAGAUAUUUUAAUUGAAUGUUUAGUUUCUGAUUUUCAAGGAAACAUCGAUUCUGUACGAAAACUAGCUUUUAGUGGAUUGGAUGUAUAUGCACAUAAUAUAGAGACAGUUAAAAGAUUACAGAAAUAUGUGAGAGAUAAAAGAGCAAAUUAUGAUCAAUCAUUAUUUGUAUUAAAAACAGCUAAAGAAAUCAAUCCUCAGUUAUACACAAAAACAAGUAUUAUGUUAGGAUUGGGAGAGACGAAAGAAGAAGUUAUACAAACUAUGUAUGAUGCAAGAAAAAAUAAUAUAGAUGUUAUAACAUUUGGUCAAUACUUAAGACCUACAAAAAAUCAUUUAAGUAUUGUUCAAUAUAUAUCACCACAAAUGUUCGAAUAUUAUAAAGAAGAAGGAUUAAAAAUGGGAUUUAAAUAUAUAGCCAGCGGCCCUUUAGUUCGUUCUUCUUAUAAGGCAGGUGAAUAUUUUAUAAAAAAUUUAGUUAACCAACGAAACAAAGAUAAAAAAAAUUAA